GAGGCCAUCUGCACAUCUAAAGGGGGGGGGAGAGAAAUCCACCGGCAAGAAGGAUGUGGGUAAAUUGGGACCGUGUCGAUGGCCAUCUACUUUGAGCUGGAGUGCGGCUCAUUUUUUACUUGUAUUUAUUGACUCCACACCUUGAAUCGCUAGGCUGCUGGUGGAGGCAGAAUUGCUGUAUGUGAGCGGAAAGACUUAUGCUAGCGCUUUUCACAUAACUACAAGUUAUAGUCACAUCUCAUAAAAUUAAGGCUGAAACUACCAAGAUGGCUUCAAACUCUCCUGGGCAAGGGUUUCAGAAUAAAAACAGGGUUGCAAUUUUGGCUGAGCUAGAUAAGGAGAAGAGGAAACUACUGAUGCAAAAUCAGUCUUCUACAAAUCACCCUGGAGCCAGCAUCUCUCUCGCUAGAUCCUCCCUUAACAAAGAUUUUCGUGAUCAUGCUGAGCAGCAGCACAUUGCUGCACAGCAGAAGGCUGCUCUACAGCAUGCUCAUGCACAUUCUUCAGGAUACUUUAUAACCCAAGACUCUGCCUUUGGAAACCUUAUUCUUCCUGUGUUGCCACGACAUGAUUUAGAGUGAGAAAGACUCCUCUGAAUGAAGAACAUCAGCGUUCAUCCCGUACUACGGCUGCUACUUUUCUAAACAUUCAGUCAAUAGUUUCUGAAAAUAAGAGAGGACUCAAAGAUGAAGAUAUUUUUUGUUUGUUGUAAUGGCUUUCAUUUUGGAACUAGAUAUUUUGUUUUCAGGGAACAUUAAACUACUUAAAAUGAGUGCUACGUACCCAUUCCCCCCCCCAUUGUUCCAAAAUUGGAUAUCAUUGUUACGUUCUUGAAUUUACUAUCUUGGUGCUUGCUUACUUGUCCUUCCUAUUUAAUUUACUGCAUGCCCAACAAACUGCUUAUGAACAGCAUUUAUAUAGAACAUGAAAGUGUCACAGUGCUUUACAUAUGUAGGCCUAGUUUCCUGCAUGAGGGACUUGACACAAAAGGAAAAAUGAAUCUUCCAAGACAACCAAUCAAAGAGGAGGCAGAAGAGUGUUGGGACCUGGGCUCUGACAGAGGGACGGGAGGAAUGACAGCUUCUGGGGAGGAGAGUCAUCAAUCCUGAGAGGGCAAUGAUAGCCACCCCGCCUGUUCCUCUACCCUCUCACACUUAUUGGGCUUAUUGGCCCAAGUCCCCCACAAUAGUACCACCCAAUGAGACAGUGCAGGUUGAGCAAGAGCUGGCUGCUCCUUCCAUGAUCACCAAAAUACUACACCACCGUAGAGAGAGGAACAGAGGUGGCUGCUUGUGAUUUCUUUCUAGGCAGCACCAUGGGGCCAGUCCUCCCUGUCCAGUGCCCAGAGAAGGUGGGCAAAUGAGAGGAAUGAAGAGCAGCCACUUCUUUACCUUGCUCACACUCUUCCCUGUUUCCCCACCCCCAGAAUUGGCAGAGCUCAACGGAAGUGGUGCCACUGGAGUGGCUAGAGGGAUUCCUUCUGGGGGAAAUGUCCCUCUCAUACUGGGUUUGCAGGCCCCGCAAGAAGGAUAACUAGCUAAAUGCAUGCCAGUGCCUUGUGAUACGUUCUGUAGCAGUGCCAGCACAAUGUUGCUUGCUGUGAAAUGCCAGCACAGUAAUUGUUACACCCUAUCCUAAACACUUCUUUGUUGGCCAAUUGACUUGAUGAAGUGGCGUUUCUGUGGAGAUUGGUCUGUGGUGUUAUGAACCCCUUGCAUCAAGUACAUUGUAACACUAUCGAGAAAGCAUUUAUGAAAAUAUUCGUUACUUUAGGAACUAUUUUGGUAAAGAAUCUUUAGCACUCCUACAAAACAAGCAAUUUUCUGGCUUCUGUGAAGAAAUGACUAUGAAACUACUUGAAGUCUAAUGUAGGUAUGCCCAGGGAAGCAUCAUGUAAUGUCUCUCAGCCCCAAUUUUUCAAUCUGUAUAAUGGGAUUUAUAUUACCCUCCCAAGAUGUUUUUUGUUGGUGCAUUUUAAAAGUGCUAUUUAAAGUAUGAAUAACAAUUUUUGCUCAAAAUAUCACAUUAACAAGCUGAUUGCUCUGAUCUCUGAGCAGAUGUGUAGAACAGCAGGAGGUGAAAUUUUGCUACAGCUUGUCAACCACAGCAUAUUAUUUUCCUUCUGCAGAAGACACUAGUGUGGACUUCACAAAUAAUAAAUUAAGAAGCAAAAAGACACAAAACUAUUAACUUGGCACAGCCUAAUAGUAAAGAGCACAAUUUCUCCAAUUUAACUACAAAAAAUAAAUAGUUAUAACAGCCAAAGAUUAACAGUCCUACAAAUAUAAAAAAUGAUGACUCUAAAACAUGUGUUCAAAAGGAACAUCACUGAGUUAUACAAUGCAUAGGAAUUCUUUUUAUUUUCAUUUUUGGCAAGACAAAGUUGUUUUUAUAAGCAAAUUAUUUCCCCUCCUCCAAAGUUAGUUUUAGAAAUGCUGUGAAAAAGUUGACUUUUGAAAAAUAGAAGGCCCAAAUAAAUACUUGUUUUGUGUUUCUUUAUCUCGGUAGCAAAUACAGCUGUUAAAUGUAUGUGCUUGGAACAAAAACAACUCCAGAGAGUUUCAGUGGCAGUUAGGGCAAGUUAUAGAUAUUUAAUAUUUUAGCCCAUAUUUAAUCACUGUUAGUGUAAUUUUGUGUGUCUCGUGUCUUCUGUGGAACUCCUGACUAUGAAUUGGCAGACAAAAUCCCUGGCUGGCCCUCAUACCCAUGGCUACAUUGAGAAAGGUCAAGUACAUUAAUCAGUACUACUGAGGGACCUUGGGAAAGCACCAGUUGUUCUUUCUUGCAGAUCAAACUGACAUUCAUUCAGCUGGGAAAUAUGAGCAGCCUGCAGUGGUGGUCAUAGACACCAGAUGAUGCUCAUCUCAUCUCCUCAACAUGAAUGAAAUUUUCCUAACAUCCUAGAUCAGAGGUGAGAAACCUUUGGCCCUCCAGAUGUUGCUGAACUAUAAUUCCCUUCAGCUCCAGCAAACAUGGCCAAUGUCCAGGGAUGAUGGGAGCUGGAAGUUCAGCCACAUCAGGAGAGCCUAGGUUCUCCACACCUAUUGUAGAUGAUGGUGAAGAGAGAAGGUAAGGGGGCCAAUGCUCCAGAUUCCCUUUCUAGUAGCUAAACUGUAUUUUUCACACCAGAUACAUCAACCUAACACAAUUAUUGUAAUUAUGAGAUGGGAGAGAGUGUAGAAUCAUAUAUAAGCUGCUCCAAUCAACUUGGAAGAAGAGUGGAAUAUAAAUAUACAAGACCUGCAUCAAAGGUUUUGGUGUGGAGUGCUCCUGUUCAGGGUACCAGCCAUCCCCUUUCCCCAGAUUCUCCAUUCCAUUACCCCUUAUCCCCACAGUUUUCAGUCUCCUCUCAAAAUAGACACACAGGGUUCUGUGGCCACUCAGCAUGCUCAGCCCUCACUAGACUUUUUCCCGUCUGAAACCCUGGAGAUCCAUUCCCAUUAAGUGUUGGCAGUACUGAGUUAGUUGGGCUAGUGGCCUGCUCAGUAUAAAGCAUCUUCCUAUGUUAAGUCCACUCUCCUACCUCCUAACACCCCAUUCUGUAGUAUGUGUAGACUAGUCCACUCUCUUCCUGUUCCAAGCAGACCAGGGUCUUUGCCAUAGCAGUGCUAGAUGUGAGAAAUUAGUGUGAAAUGGCAGGCACAUUAAUAUGACAAAGGCACUUGCAUAUAUGCAUGGGGAUUAUUCAACAGAGCCUUUUCUUAGUUAUCUGCAGAAGUCCAUACAUACCCUCAUUUUUUUCUCACAAGGCAGACCACUUUCAGAAAAACCAUGUGGGGAUAGCCUGAGUUAUUUUCUGUUGUUUCUCCGUAAUUUUCCACAGGUCAGGAACGUUGCUUCUUGCCUGAUUAUCUGUCACUUUCUAAUCUUGUGGUUUGGGAAAUACACCAUACUUUUUACACCCUCUAUCUCACUUCUGCAGGUGCUAGAAGCAAGUGACCCUAGACUUUGUUUCUAAGCAGAAAGUAAAUGUCACCUUGGAAAUAGGUAGUGAUAGCCCAACCUGUAUAAAUCAAGAUGUGGAUUUCAAAGUACCAUUACAGAGCAGCAAAUUGCCACUUUAUUAUUUGGGAAGGGGUGUGUAUUCUAUUUAGGUAUUCUGCUGGGCACAAAAAUGUCUUGUGUCACUAGGCCAUAUGCCUAUGAUUUUGUAUGUCAAAGCAUUUCAGGGUUAUUUAGUUCUCAAACAGGGAAUGUGACAUUACUGUCACUUUGUUUUCUGUCAGGAGUUAAGUACGUUCAAGGCUUGGGUAGCUUGCUUAUGACAACAUCAUUUGAAUGGCUCUUGCCAACUCAGUCAUGCCCUUACAGAAGCAACAGUUACUUCCUUGUGUAAAAAAUAUAUAUGUAAGUAUAACUAAAAGACAUAGAUGCACAUUUUUCAUCGACGCUGUCGGACUUUAGGAUCAAUGAUUGAGCAUAUGUGCCUUUUUUAGUAUAACAUUCACUUUUUGUAUAACCUCAUUUAAGACUAUAAGCAAUCAUCAAUCAAAACGUCUCAGAGAAAGCUACUUUUACCAGUUCUAACCACAGCAACUUCAAAUAAUCAUGACUUUCUAAGGGUUUGGAGGAUAUAUUACAAGCAGCAAGAAAAAGAAACAAAACAUCAGCAGCUGUCAGGUUAUACUUCAAACUUUAUUUCCAAGGCAUUUCAGUGACUAGUGCUUCACACUUUCAUGUUAUCUCUGGUAAUACAUUACAUUAGAGUGGGGGUGUCCGCCUCAUGCUAUAGAACUUGCCAUAUUCCCUUGUGAAUCCAGACCUGUGGACCUAACCUAUGAAAAAUAGCACCAUAGGAUAUCCUCAUAUUCCCAUAAUAAAUAAAAAUCUGCCAAUGAUUUUAAAGGCGCAUCUGAGCAAAUAAAUGCUGUAACCUUUUGAUAAUAUCAUUUUGUUAAGUAAGUCUGAUUCUGCAUUUUUGGUUUCUGUUUAGAGCUUCCUCACACUUUUCAUCAAGAAAUGCAGGAUCUGUCUGAUGGCAAACCACAGGAACUAUACAGCCCCCUGUUGAAGCAACUGGGGGUUGAGAGCAGGAGCAUUGCUUUAGGGGGAAGCUUUCUCCCUCUCAUUCAUAUUCUUUUUCCCAUUUUUCAUUUGCAUUUCACUACAACUUUCUUUUUCUGAACACCUCCUUCCUGUCAUGAAUUUUCCUAUUUGCAUUUUGUAAACCUGCAUCUGGCUCUACUUUUACAUUGUUUGUCCUCUUUAAACUCCAGACUCUUUAAAGCAGGAAUGGAAAACCUGUGGCCCUCCAAACUUCGUUAGUUUCCAACUCGCAUCAGCCCCAGCUAGCAUGGCCAGGGAUGAUGGAAGUUGUGGUCCAGCAACAUCUGGAAGGCCACAGGUUCCCCAUCCCUGCUCUAAAGGCUAAUUGUAGCUGAGAAUGUGAGCCUGUAUCUGGGUUAUACCACUUUUGACUACAAGUGGGGGGCUCACAUGAUUGCUGUUCCCUAUAACAAUAAAAUUAGAUGUCAGCAAGGAGAGUCCUAGUCCAACCUUCUCCCUGACAUGUUACAUUUCUAUGUGCAAAGAACUGCGUUGUAUGGAGAAACAUUUGAUCAUAUGGUCCCUCACAUUCUGAAAUGGUACAAUCCAGAGAUAGGGUUUAUCACUUCUCUGGGAACUUGAGUUGCACUCUGCUAGAGCAUCACAAUCUUAGAAGAGAAAGUUGUGAAGAAAACAGACAUUGAGUCCUUCCAUUGCAUUGGAGCCCAAAGGGUAAUUAUUUAAACAUUUAGUACAGAAUCAUGCAGACACAUUUAACUGAAACAGAAAGAGAUGAGGAAUCUUAGCUUGUUUUUCUUCCUGGCAAAUAAAUAUGUAGAUAGAGCAGUACAGAAGUAUUUUACAGAGGAACUAAAACUUCAACCAGCAAAUUUUCUUUUAGACAGGCUUUCAUGUCAAAGUGGCAGGAACACAGUUUCAGAAGCAACUGCUGUCCAAACUGUGAUAUAGUCUUAAAUGGAUAUUAAACAGACCAGUUGAAUGCAUUUAUCUGACCUGGAGGACAAAAAAGGUCUGUCAUCCAUGCUAAUAUGUUAAGCUAAUGUGUUCCACAAUUAUUAUUUUUAAAUGUUAGAAUUUUGAUCGAUCUAAAUGAAACAGAAGUAAUAUAAACAAUUCCAAUACUUUCCAAUAGCUAAGUAACUCCAUUCCAAAAAGCAGGAAGAUAAGUUAGGAAAAGAUGUGUAUGCAUAUAUAUUUAUUGAAUCAAAAGUAGUUUUUGUGUGUGCUUGCUUGGUGUUUAUUCAGCUCUUUGUCCUGGGGUGAUUGGUCCAUUUGCACGUGAAUACUCAUGCUGCCCUUCCUCCUCCAAAGCCAAGAUGUCUGGUAUCUCAUCAGAUUCUGAAGACAAGUCAGUGAUAGCAAAAUCUGGAAUCUGCAGAGGAAGAAACUCAAAUAAAUUGGAAGGCAAAAUUUUAAACAUUAAGAACCUAGGACCCAAGCUGAGGACAAUGGAAGCAGGGCAGCAUAAUUUCCUCCCAUUUCAGUUAUUGGUGUAUAGCGCAUCACAUGUAAAAUGAAAUAACAUGCGUCUUAUCACAACAAGGAGGUCACAUAGGAUUAACGUAAUGAAAAAUUGCAUCUCUGGUAUCAAUUUCAUAGUGAGAAGUAAAAGGAGACUCAAAAGACUUUAAACCAAAUUGUGUUAAUCUAGGAAGCUAUCCUACACUCUGUUAGACCAUUGAUCCAGGUAGCUCUGUAUUGUCUAUCCUGAAUAGUGGUGGCUCUUCAGAAUUUCAGACAGGAAGCCUUUCCCAGCCAGCACAACCUGGAGGUGCCAGGGAUUAGAUCUGGGAUCUUCUGCAUGUGAAGCAUGUGCUCCACUGUAGUUAUGGCUAUCUGUGGAGGCCUGGCCCCUGUUGCAGGAGGUUUGUCUGGGAAUUGUACUGAAGCCCUCUCUCACUGAAAGCAAGAGUCCUACCCCUAGACCAACAAGCUCGAGCCAAACCUUUCCCUCCUCCUUGCUUGCAUCUCUGCAGUUAUGUCCCUGACCUCCAGUUGUUUUUCUCCUGAGCUGGACUCUGAUACCAAAAGUGAGAUCAACUAGUGUCAAAAUCUCUGUCUAUGUGUCCCUCAUUGCUCUAAUUGAUUGCCUCCAAAUCUGUGUUUCUCAAGCAACGGCAGGAAUGUAUUCUCUACUGGAGGAGAGAAAAGGACUGAGUACCAAUAACCCAGUUCAAAGGAAAUUAUAGCAGACAAUCAAGCUACAGGAAAAUAAUAGAUAAUUUUGAUGGACGGGGGUGAUGGGGAAUUAAAGGUUGUCCUUUAAGGCACAGUGUUAAGCUGUGUACAGUACAGGUAGCCUUAUACAGAUCUUGGUGUUCCAUUAUAGAUUAGUUGGGAGCAUUAUAUACAUGUCAACAGGGCUGUGGUCGGUCCGUUAAACCUUCGACUCCGACUCUAUUUUUCUACUGUCCGACUCCGACUCCAUAAAUGGCAAAUGUAUAUUAAUUUAUUAAUAUUAAUAUAUUAAUUUUAUUUUGAAGCCGGAGUUGGUACAUUUCUACUGACUCCACCCAAAAUUGCUUCCAACUCCACAGCCCUGCAUGUCAAGCAUCUGCUUAACGAGACCUGGGGAUGUGGUUGUACAUUUCCAAGUACAUUGCUUACCAGAAUCACCUAAAACAGGAUGCUAUGUAUUUGAUGCAUAAACUCUUAUACAUUACAGGCCAACUCUGCAGCAGAGUUCUCUUACUUGCAAUGAAUAAAACCUCCAUAGAAGGCUUUUAAGGAAUCACUACAUGGCUUGGUUUAAUUUCUUAAAAAUGUCAGGUCUACUAUACACAGACUUGCCUUCAGAGUAAGAAUAGGUAGGAUCAGCUACACAUUAUUUUUAGA